GGUGCACUCAAAAGGUUAUCUAACCGAAGAAUGUAACGGCCUCUUCCGGCCACCGCGUCCUCCCUCGUCCUCGUGCCGUGCAUAUUUUAUAAACUACAGCAAAUCCAACGCUCUUAGAUAUGCAGGAGUUAAUUUGCGCAACGUCUUCGGUUUCUUUCAACUCCCUUCCUUCCUCACCCUUCAAUCACACAUUCUAUGAUACUACUCGAUUCACUUUCAGAUUCCUGAAGAACAAACACAUCGCCUCAUUUCCUUGUAUGCGAGCUCAACAGUCUGAAGCUACUGAUGGAUCUGCAAUCAAUAUUGCAUCGGAUGAUUCCAAAGUUGAUGCACUCGAUAUUAAGGAAUCAAAGGUUAAAAAUUCCCAAAUCGACAUAGCUGCUACACAAGGGAUAAAAAUUAGAAGACGACCACCAACAGGGCCUCCAUUACAUCAUGUUGGUCCUUUUGAGUUCAGGUUACAGAACGAAGGCAAUACUCCCCGCAACAUACUUGAGGAAAUUGUAUGGAACAAGGACACUGAGGUUGCCCAGAUGAGAGAGAAAAAGCCUCUGGGUUCACUGAAGAAAGCUACUGACAUCGCUGCUCCUCCUAGAGACUUUAUAGGAGCUCUUAAGGCAUCAUACGAAAAAACAGGAAUGCCUGCUUUAAUUGCUGAAGUAAAAAAGGCUUCACCCAGUAGAGGAGUUCUAAGAGAAGAUUUUGAUCCUGUUGAAAUUGCAAAAGCCUAUGAGAAAGGUGGAGCAGCGUGUCUGAGUGUUUUAACAGAUGCGAAAUAUUUUCAGGGAAGCUUUGAAAAUCUAGAGGCGAUACGUAAUGCUGGAGUAAAGUGUCCUCUAUUAUGCAAAGAAUUCAUUGUAGAUGCAUGGCAACUCUAUUAUGCACGUGCAAAAGGUGCUGAUGCUGUUCUGUUAAUCGCUGCUAUUUUACAAGAUCUUGACAUCAAAUAUAUGACAAAGAUUUGUAAGAUGAUUGGAUUGACAGUGCUUGUGGAGGUGCAUGAUGAGAAUGAAAUGGAUCGUGUGCUUGAAAUCGAUGGGAUUCAAUUAAUUGGUAUCAAUAAUCGUAACCUCGAAACGUUUGAGGUUGAUAUCAGCAACACAAAGAAAUUGCUGGAAGGUGCACGUGGUGAAAAGAUUCGCCAAAAAGGCAUAAUAGUGGUGGGGGAAUCUGGAUUGUUCACUCCUGCUGAUGUGGCGUAUGUACAAGAAGCGGGUGUUAAAGCAAUCUUGGUAGGGGAGUCUCUUGUGAAACAAGAAGAUCCGACGAAAGGAAUUGCUCUACUUUUUGGAAAAGACAUUUCGGCAUAACUCAGGGGACAUCAAAAUGUGGGGUUUAGGGGGUUGAUCAAGAGAUAUAAUUACAAAAUUGACUAAAAUUUUGUUCAAGUUUUAUGCAAUAUUGAUAUGAAAUAUGAAGUUGGGAGUUCAUUUUUUUGAUCAUUGGCAUUUGUUGCUAUUAUGUUAUAUUGAAUGAACUUUAACUACAUUGUGUUGUAAAUUGUAAAAAAAGGCCGUGGUUACCAUUAA